AUGUCGGAGAGUACAAAUCUGAGCCACUUUGUGAGUCUACCCCGCCUCCCCAUCACCGAGAGCGAGAGUCAGACAAGCAGCUCUCCUGACUGGUUCCUGACCUUGGACCCCGCGCAGAGGCAAGAGCCAAAGGGCAUCAUCGAGAGGAUGAUGCGACAGGCUGACCCGUCCCCGGCCAAGGCGGUAGAGGAGAUCGUCUCUCUAUCUGCAGCAGCAGCAGCUGCGAGCGAGCCCCCAAACGCCCUGUCCUAUCACGUGGCCGGCGUCAUUGGCACCAUCUAUGGCCUUUGCAUGUCUACGCCUCCCGAUGAACAGUCGAAGCUCGUCGACUUCACCACUCUUCUGCAGCAACAGACAGUCCUCGAUCCCAAGACAGGCCAGAUCUUGACAAGAGACGACCAAGCUUUCUGGACGAGCCUGCCUGAAAUAUCGCUGCUUAUAGCUGAUCAUAGAAUAGCCGGCAAGAAUUUCAUCGCGUUCAUCGCACAACUGGGCGAGGACAAGUGUGAGUGGUUUCGUGACGCAAAAAUAAUUUACGAGGAUCUCGUUCUGAGAUUCUCGGAAGAGGAGAUGUCUGAAAUCGGUCAAGAAACGGUGCAGAUUGCCUGUACAUGGCUCAUCUACGCGCCCAAUCAAGUCAGGGGGCAUGUUCAAUCACGCACCCAGACCAGACACGGCCAGUUCAAAAACGACGACUGGCUGCGGCUGAGACAGAUUCUACAACAUUCUCAAGGUGUGUACCUGGACGAGCAUACCCAAGAGAUGAUGCGUUGUGCUCUCGCCGCCAUGGACAAGAUCGAGGUCAAGGCGGCGAACCGCCCAAUCAAUGUAGGCUCUCAAGCACAAGACGUUCGUGGCAAUACUGUUCUCAACUCAUCGGGGUGA